CGAUGGCCACUUGAUAGCCACAUCCAGAUCGAGUUACAAAGAUAACCUGCGAUAAUGCCAUUUGCUGUGAUGAUUGAGUCGACAAGGCUGAGUGACUUGGUGCAAGUAUUUCCCGAUUGGACGAACCUGUUGGCAGCCUGCUUACCAUCACGCUUGCUUUUAUAAUGAAAAAGGAAAUUAUUUCUGCUUUUAAUGAUGGCGGCCCCAGAAAUGGAGGUGGAGGUGGAGGUGGAGCCGAAUCUCAGAGGUCCUGAAAUAGUCACCAUGGGGGAAAAUGACCCGCCUGCAGCUGAGGCCCCUUUCUCCUUCAGAUCGCUUUUUGGACUUGACGAUUUGAAAAUAAGUCCUGUCGUACCAGACGCAGACGCGGUUGCGGCACAGAUACUGUCUCUGCUGCCUCUGAAGUUCUUCGCCAUCAUCGUCAUUGGGAUCAUCGCCUUGAUACUAGCGCUGGCCAUUGGUCUGGGCAUCCACUUCGAUUGCUCCGGAAAGUACAAGUGUCGCACGUCUUUUAAGUGCAUUGAACUGACGGCUCGAUGUGACGGGGUCUCAGACUGCAGGGACGGGGAGGACGAGUACCGGUGCGUCCGCGUGAGCGGCCAAAACGCGGUGCUCCAGGUGUUCGCAGCUGCUGCCUGGAGGACCGUGUGCUCUGACGACUGGAGAGGCCACCACGCCAACGUCGCCUGUGCCCAGCUGGGGUUUCCGAGCUACGUGAGCUCAGACACCCUCAGGGUGGACUUGCUCGAGCAGCAGCUCCAGGAGGACUUUGCCUCCGUCAAUCACCUCUUGCCCGAUGACAAAGUGACUGCUCUGCACCACUCGGUGUAUGUGAGGGAGGGAUGUGCCUCCGGUCGGGUGGUUACCUUGAAGUGCACAGCCUGCGGUCUGCGAAUGGGCUACAGCUCGCGCAUCGUGGGUGGAAACGCGUCCUCGCUCACGCAGUGGCCCUGGCAGGCCAGCCUGCAGUUCCAGGGCUACCACUUGUGCGGGGGCUCCGUCAUCACACCCGUGUGGGUUGUCACGGCUGCCCACUGCGUCUAUGACCUGUACGUCCCCAAGUCGUGGACCGUCCAGGUGGGGCUGGUUUCCCUGCUGGACAGCCCAGCCCCUUCCCAUCUGGUGGAAAAAAUCAUCUACCACAGCAAGUAUAAGCCCAAGAGGCUGGGCAACGACAUUGCCCUCAUGAAGCUGGCCGGGCCCGUCCCCUUCAACGAGAGGAUCCAGCCCGUCUGCCUACCCAACUCCGAAGAAAACUUUCCUGAUGGAAAAAUGUGCUGGACGUCCGGCUGGGGGGCCACGGAGGACGGAGGCGACGCCUCCCCUGACCUCAACCAUGCAGCUGUGCCUUUAAUCUCCAACAAGAUCUGCAACCACAGAGAUGUGUACGGCGGCAUCAUCUCGCCCUCCAUGCUCUGUGCCGGCUACCUGAAGGGCGGUGUGGACAGCUGUCAGGGAGACAGCGGGGGGCCGCUGGUGUGCCAGGAGAGGAGGGUGUGGAAGUUGGUGGGAGCCACGAGCUUUGGCAUCGGCUGUGCCGACGUGAACAAGCCUGGAGUCUACACGCGCAUCACCUCCUUCCUGGACUGGAUUCACGAGCAGAUGGAGAGGGACCUGAAAACCUGAGGAGCAGGGGUCGGGCCGCCGCCUUGAGUUCCUGCCGCGAUGGAGACACCCGGUCCUUCCACGGGCGGGUCCCCGGGCGGGAACUUGCAACAGGAGCGAGGGCCUCGGUGUUCUUCCUUCUGGCACCCCCCGCAGAGCCAAAAGAAGGAGCACCGGCUCUGUCCUUGCGACCUGAACACCCUGCCUCAGCACCUCCACAAGCCGCCAGCCGGGGUGGUGGGUGAAAACGGCCUGCUGCUCCUUUGUGACCUUCACCCAGAACAGAAGCACGAACACACCUUCGGGUGCUACGUCGUCCCACGUGUCCAUUCGGUUUUCUCUGCACGGGGCAUUUGCCACUACGGAUGGGACAGGCGAAUCCCAUACAAACACCCCAGGCGCUCAGUGGGGCUGCGCCGGCCCGGAGCCGCAGGGGUGGGGGUGGGGCAUGCGGGGGGAUGUCACCUUCUGCUCCUUUGUAUCCCCAGGUGCCCAAAGCAACCCAGAACUUUCUACUUCCAAGAUCCGUUUCCCCCCGUGGGAGCUCAGUCUACAAGUGCUUAGCCAUGAGGUUUAUUUCUCUUCUUUCUUCGUAGCAUGUGGUGCUUGGUGCAUUAUUUGUCGUUGCUUCCAAAGGACACGGGCUCUCUUGACGCGUCCGUCGAUCAGAGCUUGUCUGACUGCAUCGUGCGCCUUGAUUGCUUGUUGGAACAGGUUUCUCAGCUGAGCAGAGUUGUACUUAAAGCCUCAGAAGCAGAGUUAGAUAAGAAGGUACUAGAAGAAGACAGGGCCACCUGGUCCCACCCAAGGGGUGCCGAAGGCGGCGUGGACACUCAGGUGUCCUCCAGAGGCUUCCCUGCCUCUCUGCGCGGCCCUGUUAACCUGGCCAUGCGCCUGAGGCGUUAGAGACCCCUCCCGGUGACCCCCACACCCGCUGUGGCCCCCAAGCGCACACACAACAGGGGAAGAGUUAGCUUGCAGGCCAGCACUGCCCAGGGGCACUUAGCACAAAUGAAGUUGCUUAGUUGGGCCGGUCGAAGGGACGAUGGUGAGUUUCAAAGAGCGAGCAGGUGCCUGGGGAGGGAGAGGCUGCGGGGAGCCCCCGGGAUGCGCAGGGAGAGAGGGGAGACCCAAGGCACGGUGGCCGCUUGGCAAUGAUGUCACCCCCCCCACAGACGGCUCGGACUCGCCACGCGGAUGUCCACGUGUCAGAAAGUGACAAGACCGUUUUGCUCCUAGGUGGUUGUGCCCAGGCCUCCUCGGAAGUAGAGGUAGCUCAUGUGUGGGUGAUCUAAGUGUGAGCAAAUGAAGGCUUCUGUGCGUGACACACCUCAGCUGAGAGCACUUGGCCGUGGGGCCGGCACACGAGCAUUGCUGGCUGUCGUGAACGCGUUCUUCCUUAAUUACUAUUGAAUGUGUUAGGAAAUAUUUGCUGUCUUAUAAUCUCUCAAAAGGUCUUGAGUAAUGCUAAUGGCAGGCAAUUAAUCAGCGUGG